CCAAGCGGUCGGCGGCUUUUACGGCUGCGGCGUGCCGGAAAAACCAGAAAAGCAGUACAUUGAUGAGCUUCAAGAAAAUUAAAGAUCUUUGGUAGCUGCUAUACUGGCAGAAGGUACCUUUCAGGUAUGUUAUAUAUAAAAGUGGAUAAUUUACAUGACAAAUGAAAAUGGCCAAUUCUUUAAGAGGAGAAGUAUUGAAUCUUUAUAAAAAUCUACUGUAUCUUGGACGAGAAUAUCCAAAAGGAGCAGACUAUUUUAAAAGGCGUUUGAGGAACGUUUUCCUUAAAAACAAAGAUGUGAAGGACCCAGAGAAGAUCAAAGAACUUAUUCGACGUGGUGAAUUUGUAAUGAAAGAGCUAGAAGCCUUAUACUUCCUUAGGAAAUACAGAGCUAUGAAACAACGCUAUUAUUCAGAUAUCAACAAAACUAACUGAUCAUUACUACUAGAAAGCAGAAAAUCAGUGCCAGCUGUUUAUGUAUACCAAGUAUUGUAAAAUAAUUCUAAUUUAAAACGGAAAAAUACACGUUGUGUAAAAAAUACCUGAGCUGCCCUACUGAACUAAAAUUAAUAGGUUUCAACUUCUAUUCAUAUAGACAGCUUUAUCAGUGCAACCCUUCAUGCUCAAUUUUUAUACUAAAAGCAAUUUAGCUAUACUACCAAUUAUAAAUUAAUGAGUACCCAAUUUUGGAUGAGAAUAUUAUACACUCAAAUUUUCUAACUUAAGAGGAUUAGCCAAUUAUUCUUAGCCCAUUUCUCCAUUUUACUGACAAAAGAAUGCCAUUUACUGUACAUUUAAUAAGCAAAAUAAUUUCUUACACAUUUAUUCCUCAACUUUUGAAGGAGUUACCUUAUUUUUGACCAUUUUGGUACAUUAAUAGCACAUGUUCAAAAUUCACUACAAAACAAGCAGUACCUGAUAAUGAUUUAAAUGUAGUUACAGAAAUAAUAGUAUGUGUAGAGUCACCAGAUUACUUUUGACCCUGAAAUAGCCUGCCAGUGACUGGUAUUAUAUACAUAACUAUUCAAUUAUUUCCAUUAAUUUUGCUGCUGGCUACUUUUGGGCCUUAAAAAACAAAUCACCUAUUGUACACCAUUACCUUUUUUGAUAAAAAGUAAUAAAUCUAUAUUCUU